UUGCACCAAAAUGCUCUCGACGCCGACGCGCUUCCUUCGCCCGCUCGGCGCCCGCGCCAAGUCGGUUGCGGCCGCCAUGGUCGACCGCGCCGACAACGUCCACUUCUCCAUGAGUUCCGAGCCCGUGGGUUUUGCGGCCAACGCUGGCAUCGACGAGUCGACAUCGAACGGCCUCAGCUUCAAGCUCACCGACACACAGCGCGAGUUCCAGCUCCUCGCGCGCAAGUUUGCCCAUGACGAGAUGAUGCCGGUCGAAAAGUACCACGACCAGACAAUGGAGUAUCCGCACGCGAUCUUUGACAAGGUCUGGGAGCUCGGGCUUUGCUACGGUAUCAUUCCGCAAAAGUACGGCGGCCUCGGCUUGUCGACGCUCGAUGGCGUCCUCAUUAGCGAGGAGCUCGCGUACGGCUGCACGGGCAUGAUGACGGCCAUCGAGAUCAACCACCUCGCGCUUUCGACCGUGCUCAUCGCGGGCACGGACGAGCAGUGCGCCAAGUACUGCGGUCGGCUACUGGAGGCGCCACGCCGGGCCGCGUAUUGCGUCACCGAAGCUGGCGCAGGCUCGGACGUCGCGGCGGCCAAAAUGACGGCGGUCAAGAAGGGCAACAGCUGGGUCCUCAACGGCGCCAAGUCAUGGAUCACCAACGGCGGUGGCGCCGACUGGAUGUUUGUCAUGGCCAAGACGGACCCGGGCGCGAGCGCCGGGUCGGCCUUUACGGGCUUCAUCGUCGACGCCAACACACCGGGCAUCACCGUCGGGCGGAAGGAGGUGAAUAUGGGCCAGCGCUGCUCCGACACGCGCGGCUUGACGUUCGAGGACGUGGUCGUGCCGGAAGAAAACAUCUUGGGCUCUGUCGGCUACGGCUUCAAGAUCGCCAUGCAGGCGUUCGACCGGACGCGCCCGGGUGUCUCGAGCGGUGCGGUGGGCGUCGCGCGACGGGCGAUGGACGAAGCCAAGAAGUACGCGCUCGAGCGCAAGACGAUGGGCCAACCGAUUGCGCACCACCAGAGCAUCACCAACAUGCUCGCCGAUAUGGCGACCAACAUUGAAGCUGCGCGUCUGCUUACGUACAAGGCGGCGUACGAGAUCGACUGCGGACGGAAGAACACCAUGUAUGCGUCGAUGGCGAAGCGCUUUGCGGCGGACAUGGCGGCGCAAGUUACCUCGGACGCCGUUCAGAUCUUUGGUGGCGCGGGCUUCAACACCGAGUACCCAGUCGAGAAGCUCAUGCGCGAUGCCAAGAUCUACCAGAUCUACGGUGGGCCGUCCCAGAUUCAGCGCAUCGUCAUUGGCAAGGAGAUGCUCAAGCGCGAGAACCUCGACCCGUGAUUUAAAGUCUUGUAGUUUUGUUUGUUGCGUUGCGUUUGGGGUUAGCUGGCCAACGACAAGUUGUGCACACAUUCCAGCUGUAUAGUGUUAGCCAUGUUUGCAUAGUCUUUGCUUCUAGUACAUUAGUCUAGUAUAGUAGUACGCGACUCGAAGCUACGUGGCUUGCCACGGCCACGACGAUUUGAUUGUGAAUCUGAAUCCAAAGAUACGCAUUGGUUUUCGCAGGCACAUUUCUCAAAAGCCUUUGAAAAUGAAUACUAUUGGGUUGCAC